GCUCUGCUUAUAGCAUCUGACGCCAGAGGGCCCGAAAAUAGCCCCUGGAGGACGGGGGAAGGGUCUAUUUAAAGGGCCUGGGAGGAGCAGAGCUGAGAAGCAGUGAGGAGUGAUCAUGGCCACUUCAGAGCUGAGCUGCCAGGUGACCGAGGAGAACUGCGAGCGCAGAGAGGCCUUCUGGGCUCAAUGGAAGGAUCUGACACUGUCCACACGGCCUGAGGAGGGCUGCUCCCUGCAUGAGGAGGAUGCCCAGCGGCAUGAGACCUACCACCAGCAAGGGCAGUGCCAGGCGCUGGUGCAGCAUUCCCCCUGGCUGGUGAUGCGAUUGGGCAUCCUUGGCCGUGGGCUGCAGGAGUACCAGCUGCCCUACCAGCGGGUGCUGCCACUGCCCAUCUUCACCCCCACCAAGUUGGGUGCCGCCAAGGAGGAGCACGAGGACACCCCCAUCCAACUGCAGGAGCUGCUGGCGCUGGAGACGGCCCUGGGUGGCCAGUGCAUGGAACGCCAGGAUGUGGCCGAGAUCACCAAGCAGCUGCCUCCUGUGGUGCCAGUCAGCAAACCUGGUGCCCUUCGUCGCUCCCUGUCUCGCUCCAUGUCCCAGGAAGCACAGAGAGGCUGAGAGGGACUGUGACUCGGGCUCCACUGUGCCCACCCUGGGCUGGGCCUUUCCUGGCUAGGACCAUGGAGGGGAGCCGCUGGCCGUGGAUGCUUUGUAGUUUACCCGGAGUUGGGGGCUAAGGGAGGAGGGAGCGAGAGACCAGGAUGCCUAGGUCCCCUGAGUUCCCAAAAGGAGGGGGGCAAAGAUGAUGGGCACUAAGGGUGGAGAGCUGGGGGUCAGCACAGCUGAGUACCCCUGGCCCCAGGAGAAGGGAUGAAAGAUGCUGGUGAGGGCAUGAGGUUGCUGAGAGAAGCAACCCUGGUCCAGGUUUCAGCUUCAGAGAAGGACCAGGAAAAGCAUGAGGGGGAUCUGGAAUGCUCUGGAGAAGACGGAGGGAGGGGGAAGUGAAGAGGGCAGAGGCAGGGUGGGCCCCCAGCACCCUCUGUUAGCACUGCAAUAAAUGCUCAGUCAUGUUCCAGA